UCCGGAAGCAAGUGCCCGUUGAUUCACGAUUCACCUCUGCACGCACAGGUAGACUCAAGUUUAGGUCGCUAAGACGCCUGGAUUUAAUAUUUCCAGCUGAAAUCGACAAUUGCCAUCAGCGCACGUGCUACUUUGUAUGGCCUAAAUGUCUGAUCCGAUCAAGGAGGGUUUUUCUCAGAUCGAGCUGAAUAAGACGGUAUGGGAGGUGCCGAGCCGAUAUCAAAUGCUGUCUCCGGUUGGGAUGGGAGCGUACGGGCAAGUGUGCUCCUCGCAUGACAAUAUGGUGGGAACCAAGGUCGCCAUCAAGAAGCUUGCCCGUCCCUUCCAGACAGCGAUCCAUGCCAAGAGGACGUACCGAGAGAUUCGCAUGUUGAAACACAUGCACCAUGAAAAUAUCAUUGGCUUGUUGGAUCUAUUCACACCUCAGACGUCAUUUGAACGCUUCCAGGAUGUAUAUUUGGUGACACCAUUGAUGGGUGCUGACCUCAACAACAUCCUGAAGACACAGAAGCUGAGUGACGACCAUGUACAAUUUCUAGUCUACCAGAUACUCAGAGGGCUCAAAUACAUUCAUUCUGCAGGCAUAAUACACAGGGAUUUAAAGCCAAGUAAUAUUGCUGUAAACGAAGACUGUGAACUGAAGAUCCUGGACUUUGGCCUGGCCCGCCACACAGAGGAUGAGAUGACUGGGUACGUGGCGACACGAUGGUAUCGGGCGCCCGAGAUUAUGCUCAACUGGAUGAGAUACACGCAAACAGUGGACAUCUGGUCAGUCGGAUGUAUAAUGGCCGAGAUGCUGACCAGCAGACCCCUGUUCCCCGGAACAGAUCACAUUGAUCAACUGAACAAAAUCCUGUCGCUGGUCGGCACCCCUGGCCUUGAGCUGCUAGACAGCAUAGAGAGCAAAGAUGCCAGGAAUUAUAUUGCUCAAUUACCAAAGUGGAACAAGAGAGACUUCAAGGAGCUCUUCAUAGGUGCCAGUCCGGAUGCCAUCAUGUUGCUGGAGAUGAUGUUGAACCUGGACGCCAAGAACCGUCUGACUGCGGAAGAGGCUCUGGCACACAAGUAUCUAGGUCAGUACGCAGACCCAACUGACGAGCCCACAUCAGCUCCCUUUGACUGGGGCUUCGAGGACAGUGAUUACAGUAUACCAGAGUGGAAAAAUUUAGUAUAUCAGGAGGUAGAAGUUGGGCAUUUAAAGACGGUGGACUGAGUUCGUGAGUGAAAGCUGCCAGCGGUUUGGAGGAAGAGGUUCCUCGAGAGUAAUCAUCCCCCAGUCAUUAAUCUUCAUCUCCAUCUUCAUCUGUGCUCGGACUUCAUCGCCUCCCUCAUCACACGGCGUACCCGGAGUGCUGCUGAGAAGUCACUAGAGAGUGGACAGUUGUGGACGCAAGUCACUAUAGUAUUGUGGGGAGGUGGGCUGAAGGUGGACAGUAUUCAGCAAGAAACAUGGAGGCUAGUUUAGUUUAUGGCAUGGUGUAAUCGACAUGGUAGUCUUUGUGUAAACAUGACCUACACUCCCACUUAAAUCAUAGCUGUGAUAUUUGUCAGAGAUUUUAUCAAAAGUUGUAUUGUACACGGAAGUUAUGUCUAGGUGAAUCUUUUUGUAUGUGUCCAAGGUUAAGAACAUUUGUCAGAAAAUAUUUUUUGGCACAUACAAGAAGAAGAUCAACAACAGUAAAAUGUAAAUUAAUAGUUCUCUGGACUCUGAUUUGCAGAUUUUGUGGUGUGGGGUUGGGUUCUUUUUGGAUUUAUGCAGACUCCAAUAACACCCUCGCCCAAAUAACUUUGUGUUCUUAAUGUAUACAUGUAAACACAAAUACACAAACACACACACACACACACACACACACACACACACACAUGCAAAGAAUUUGAAACCCCAUCCUUUAAGAAAGUCAUUCCUCCUCUGAAUAUUACUAUUACUUUUAAGAUAGUUCCUAAUUUUCAUUCAACAAGAUAAAAUUUGGGAUGUGCCUUAUCGGACAUUUGUAACUUUACAGUCAAUGCAACGGAGGCUGUACUUAAGAUUUGUUUUCCAGCCUGCCUUGAGGUGCACACAUUCGUGCUUCAGUUUCAUGGCCGAGGCAGGAUAUGUUGACAGAAAUUCAGGGAUGGCAAUUUUCCCAUGGAUUUUAUGUCAAAUUGUUCAGUUGUGAAUCGUCUAAAUCCAUUGAGAAACCCUCAAAUCGAUGACACAAUAUUACGUUUUCAGCUGAAAAUAGAUUUUCCUGUUGCCAUCCCUGGAAAAUACACUGAUUGGUAUAGAGCCAUAGUGAACAGCCAGGACGUGACUCAACUGAAGGUCUUACUGAAAACAUAUGGAUAUUGUAUAUUUGGAACACAUUUGAUAUAGGCCGUAUUUCCAUAUCAUGUCUUAUAGACAAUUUAGAUCCUCUUGAAUACAAGUUGCAACAUGGUAUCUUACCUGGAAUGAAUGUUUUGUAUAUUGAAAUGUUGUGUACAUGGUCGAAAGUUUGUCAUGACGAUGGCAUGUGGAUAGAUAGUUCCUUGCCAUGAACUUGAUUGUACAGAGAUGGAGAGAGUUGUCAUGAAUCAUCUGUGUUGUCAGAGAGCAGAGGGACGUGGGUUUGGAGUGAGAUGUUUGUAAGGUGGACAGUCUAUGAGUGACGGUUAGCUCAGUGGAGAAGGUGUUUCCUGCAUCACAAGGUAUGGGCUCAGUUCCAGAUACGGUUCAUUAUCAGUGGUUUGUAUUCACGCCCUCCCCAUCCAACCACUGCAAAAUGUAAGGUUGUCAUGGAAACUCAAUUGAUGCUGUAUCUGUACACAGAACAAGACUAUAGAAGCCUGUAAAGAUAAAGUCGGGGAUAUUCAAACACAUUAGUGAAAUGAUGUUCAAAGGCCUAAAAUGAAUGUUUUACUCUGAAAUACUAUAAGUUCUAAGUCUCACACAGAAGGAAAUGCAUGAUUAUCUUUUGUUGUUGACAUUACAUGUUGUCAUAGGGGUCUAUCCAAAAUAGCUUAAAUCAAUCGAGCAAAUUGUUUUGAAAAAAAGCAGGUGUCUGUGACCUAAAGAUAAUUUGCAGAUUGUAUAUAUUGUCAAGGUGUGUAGGUGUCAGGCCCAGGUCCAAUCAGUGGGGCUGUAGUUGUUAUGUUGAAACUGCCUGGUCAGUCACCAUAUCCAUAUAUACAUAGGGAACCCUGAAAGUUUAAUGUUUCAUGUUAAUGGUCAACAAGAUAAGUACAAUCUUUGUAUGCAUUACAAAGCAUUAAUGUGUAUGAAAGGACAGAGUUUCUGACAAUUCCAUGGUGACCAUCGUCACAGACUGGUACUGUAGCUGACAUAAUUGUCUGGAGGUUGUUCAUCCCUCAUCUAUUGUGGGUGAGUUCUUUAAUGGUCUUGAAGAUAAGAUACAAAAUGCUGAUCUAAUUGUGAUGGUUAAAAGGUGAUUGACUGUGUGUUUAGCAACUUGGUAUUCUUGCCAGGCUGAAUGUGGCACAAAGUCUUGCUGUCCAACUCCGUGCUCAAGGCAUCAAGUAUUAUGGGUCCUUGAGUAAUGCUCACCUUAUUUCCAAACUGAUGUGUUGUCAGGAAGGUUGACUACAAUAUAUCUGUAAAAAAAAAUCCAAUCUCAGAGUUUUAAGAUUAACACGUCCGUGAGGUGUAAUAUUCCUUCAUGUGUCCCCAUCUUGGCAAGUCCAGACUAAGAAGAGUUCACUUUAUGAAGGGUCCAGAUUUACAAGGGUUCACUGUAUACAGGAUUCAGAUUGAUGAGGUUUCACUCAUACAGGGUUCAAACUAACAAGGUUUUAUUGUAUGCAGGGUCCAGACUAAAGAUGUCUACUGUGUGAAGGGUUCACAGUUUAGGGGGUCACUAUUUGUGUCAGCAACAAUGGUUCAGUACAACACUUUGUUUAGAAAUGGGGAGUUUUUACUCAAGCCAUGUCAAGUAAUAUGUAUAUUUGAAAGUAUAUUUUCAGUAAAACCCAGAUGUACAUAAUACAUAGUCUACAUUUGUCCCAAAGUUCAUGUGAAUGUUGUUUUAUGUCUUUUUAGUGGACCUGUUCCAUACAAAAUGUCUUAAGACCAGAUGCACAAAAUGGAUGUUUCGCUCAAUAUUUUGUUUUUCACUAUAGUUUAAAAAGAUGAGAGAAAAAAAAUCAACCAAAAUGUUAAUUUUGAAAUAUGUCGAGUCUUUGCAUAGGAUGUAUAGCAUUUUACAUCAGAUAAUGUUUUACACAAUGAAUACAUAUGUAGUGUUAUGUCAGGGAUAGUUUCAUGAAUGCAAUAUUUAAACCUGGCACCUCAUGGAUAACACUUGCAGAAACUGAUAUCUUUGAAAUGGCACCAACUCUGGGUGCUAUAGUGCAUAUCCAGGCCAUGUUUUGUAUCAGAGUAUAGGCGUCAUUGUGCUGAUUCAAGUUUGAAUAAAAUUGUGAUCUCAUGAAAUAAGAAUAAUGAAAUGAAGAAUCUUUGGGUAUAAAAUGGUAUCUGCAGAUAGACUUGUCUUUUGUGUCCAACCACAUUGCCACUGACUGGUGGGGUGUUUCAGGUGGGAGGAUGGCUGUUUGUGGGGCAGGAAAGUCUAAGGGGAGAUAAUUAGUGAAACUUUGCAUUUCAAUUAUGGAUCAUGAUUCAACAUGGGGUAACAGAAAAUGUACUCUGCGCAUUUCUUUUAAUGUAUGAUUUGGUUUAACUGUAAUUUAAGUAUGUCAAAUAUGUCUACAAAUAAUCAGACAUAUGCCUAUUUGUAUAAUAUCAUUAAAGCUUGUUACAGUAAGUGCAAAGAUACCAAGAAAAACAUGCACAAAAUAUCUUUGAAAUAUGUUUUAAAAAAACAAGACUUGGGAGAUUUAUAUGAAAAGAAAUCAUGUAUUUGUCCUUUGAAGAAAUUCUUUGAUAUAGAAAGUAAAUGUUUUUGUAUAAUAGUUCAAUUUACUGAUAUUUUAAGAAAAUAUGCAUAUGUUUUCGCAUUUGAACACCAUCCACUUCAAUUGAAAAGAUUAUCUGUAAACCAAGAAUCGAAAAAGGCUGUGAAGGGAUAUGAAGGCGCCGGCUAACAUUCAGUAGAUGGUUUCUUCAUUAUUUAUAUAGCAUACUUGUCAUCACCAAAUUCCAUUCAGUGAUCAUAGCGCGGGGUACAUUCACGGUGUCACCAAGCACAGAUUAUGUGUUCAUCAUAGUGAGUAAUUGUACAUAUGUGUAGACACUUUAAUCAAGAAAUCACAAGAUUGCUUUGUUUGUACAUAGAUGCCAGCACCUUUUGUUGUCAAUCUGUUUAAAAUUAGAUGUCAUUCUCCAGUUUGAUGUUAGAAACACUGAAACUCUCCAUAGGUCACAUCUUUUAAGUUAAGAUGUCAUCUUUGUGAAAUAUUUGACUCCCUUGUCAAGCUUGGAUUUUAAGACACAAGCAGUGAGAUAAAAUACACACACAACAUACCAACCGCUAGUAUUAGUCCUCAAACAGAACUU